AUGUUCGUCCUUAGAAACGUCGGCAAGCUGAUUUUCGGCUCGGCUGCGCAACAGGAAUCCCUCAUCGAGCUGCCCCAAGGCCAGCUCUACCUUGUCCGACCUCUGUCGCCAAAGGGCUACUCGGAGCUCAUCUUCAAGGACUCUGCCAUUCGCAUUCGGCGGACCAACCAAGACUACCAAUACCAGCUCGUCGUGCAGCGCGUCUUCGAGGAAGGAGAAGCUGAGCUGCUCGCCGACGAAGAAGGAGAGGACGCCGAGAUUGACGCGCUUGUGGGCGAACGCGACGAAAAGACGUUUCUGCUCGACGAGGCUCUGCGCUUCCGCAUUGAGAUCCGCGAGGGCGGCGACGAGACGGUCCUCGCCUGGAAAGAUUUGAGUGGAGACAGCGGCGACCUGUACGAGUUUGUGUGCGACCGCGUCGUCACGACUGCCGAGGUGAAGCGCUUCCUUCGCACGGCGCAGGAGUGCCAGUACGAGCGAAAGUAUCGCAAGCCGCACACAACGGCCUCGGAAGAGGAUCUCCGGCAGUUUGAGUUCCCCGAGGAGCAGCCCAUCCCUCCCGCCAGCCCCAUCCAUAGCCCAACCCUUGCCAGGUCGAUCGAAUCCAUCGACGACAUGUUUGCCAAGAGGACUGCCACGCUUUCGGGCAAGUCCGAACCUGCUGUAGAGCAGCCGAAAGAGGUCGAGGCGCCUCAGCAGCCGCAGGAAGCAAAGGCUGCCCCUACGCCCCUUGAGAUCUAUGCUGCAGUCUCUGGCGAGUUGCAUCUGUACGACCCGCAAGCUGGCCACUUCUCCCAGGUUGAGGAUACUGUCAUUGUCACGGUUUCCGAAGUAGGAAAAUGGGAGUAUUGGCUGCAGAUCGAUGCCGCUGGGAAAUCCAUCCUUGGCACUCCCGUUACCCCCGAGUUCAAUCCCGUGUUCGACUUUGAGCAUCUCUCGUUCAUCUUCAACCACUGGUCAGAAGAUGGCACGGGAAGGUCUUGGCUCAUCCGGUUCAAAGAUCAACCCACACUGGAGAAGUUCCAGGAAGCGGUGAUGCAGGCCAUCUGGGAGAGACUGAAUGAGACCAAGUGGAAGAAGAUCCAGGAGAAGGAACGUGAAUAUGUCUUGGAUGCUUUCAAUGACCUCGCCAUGGAAGACGCGCCUCCGGUGGAUGAGGAGGAAGAAGAGACCGAAGAGGACUACGAAGACGCAGAGGAUGACCGCGGACGAUAUGAAGACGACGAGGACGAGGACGAAGAGCGACAGGAGACAGCUGAUGGGGACGUCAACUCCCAGCUGGCCGUGGGCUACAAAUACGACCGCUCCUUUGUCGUUCGCGGUUCCAAGAUUGGCGUCUUUACUCACACGCCAGAUAACCACCUCAAGUUCUCGACCAACAUCUCUAAGGUGACCACCCCCGGCGGCAAGUUGAUGAACCCCAAGAAGGUCAUGCUCCACAAAGAAGACAGAGACCUCAUCAUGCAAAACGACGUGGACCCGAACAAGCUUUACCGCAUGGACAUUGAGUACGGCAAGGUCGUCGAUGAGUGGAAUGUCCACGAUGACAUUCCCGUCACAACGUUUGCUCCGGAGAAUAAGUUUGCCCAGAUGACGGGCGAACAGACAUUCCUGGGUAUCUCUCACAAUGCCCUUUUCCGCGUCGAUCCUCGCCAGGCAGGCAACAAGAUUGUCGAUUCGGAGCUGAAGCAAUACGCCUCGAAGAACGACUUCUCCUCCGUCGCCACCACCGAGAAGGGCUACAUCGCCGUGGCCAGCAACAAGGGUGACAUUCGCCUGUUUGACCGUCUCGGAAUCCGCGCCAAGACGCAGCUGCCUGCACUUGGUGAUCCCAUCAUCGGCAUGGACGUUUCGGCUGAUGGUCGAUGGAUUUUGGGAACCACCAAGAACUAUCUCCUGCUCGUCGAUGCUCAACAGCAUGAUGGAAAGAACGAGGGAAAGCUUGGUUUCGAAAAGCCCUUCGCCGCCGACUCAAAGCCUCGUCCUCGUCGACUGGCCCUCUCGCCCGAGCACGUUGCCCAGUUCUACCACGAGACUGGCCUGCCCGUGUCUUUCACGCCCGCCAAGUUCAACACCGGUGAGGGUGCGGAAGAGACGAGCAUCAUCACCGCGUCCGGACCGUACAUCAUUGAGUGGAACCUCAAGCGCAUCGUCCGCGGCCAGAAGACGCCGUACAAGAUCAAGCGGUACGAGGAGAAGGUCAUGGCCGACGACUUCAAGUUCGGCUCCGACAAGAACGUCAUUGUGGCUCUGCCCAACGAGGUCAAUAUGGUUGCCAAGCAGAGCCUCAAGAUGCCUACGCGCGAAAGCAUCAUGGGCGACGUGCGGCUGCUCGGCAGCGGACGCAAGUCCGGGGGGCGUAUCAGCACGGGCAAGAGUGGGCAGUAUAAGCUGGGACGGGAUGACAUUGUGGAGUCGCCUUAUUAG